CACACACUUCCUUUUUUUGGGCCAUCAGCCCACAGCAGCCUGGUGCUGCCAGGAGCCAGCGAGAGCUGCAUUAUCCAGGCGGGCUGGAAUGCCAGCAAUGAGAUCAGAUUCCUCCCCACUGUUUGUUUGGAGCUCUGGCGGAGGGGAAAGUUUCCACGGCCGUCCAAGUGAUGCAGAAGCACCUAAAUUUAGCCUGAUUUCAAGAGGGCUGGAAGGCAGCCUAGAACCUAAAGGGGCUUUAUAAGCCCAUCAGCUGCCUCUGAACUGUGCUGGCUCCAUCCACCUAGCCUGCUAUAAAGGGGACAGUGGCAGGGACACCCAGAACAAGCUCGAUUCCCAUUUUCAUCCAGGAGAAGAGAAGAGGAUUUCCCCCCCCCCCGCUACCUGUGGUUGGCUGACUGGUGGGUUGUUUCUCCCCCCGCCCUCCACAAGGCUCUGGAGGUGAAUGAGCUUGAAAUCUUCCCCUGCCUUCCGCUCGGAGCGCAGUUUCCACCAGAGCUCCUCACCCACCCCAGCCCGGGAUCAGCACAUGGAGAAAGCCCGCGGGCUGUUCGGCGACGACUUCGGGAACUUCAUGAGGCCGCGCAACGAGCCCCUGGUGUUCCCAGCCCGGCCAGGCAACAUGGGGAACAUUAAAACCCUGGGGGACACCUACCAGUUUGCUGUGGACGUCAGCGACUUCUCCCCCGAGGACAUCAUUGUCACCACCUCCAACAACCAGAUCGAGGUCCACGCCGAGAAGCUAGCCGCGGAUGGGACCGUCAUGAACACCUUCACCCAUAAGUGCCAGCUGCCUGAAGACGUGAACCCCACGUCCGUCACCUCGGCCCUGGGUGUGGAUGGCACCCUCACCGUCAAAGCCAGGCGGCACCCAGCCAAACACACAGAGCAUGUCCAGCAGACCUUCCGGACUGAAAUCAAAAUCUGAGUGGCUGGCGCCGGGGGGGUGAGGCGGGGCAAGGGGAAGCAGCUGGCCUGAGAUGCCCUAGAAACGACUCUUUAAAGAGCAGCUGGGGCUUCUUUCAACGCUUCAACAAAAGCAAGGGACAUUGGGCCAAAUUCUGCUCACAGUUACACCAGCAUAGGGGCAAAGUCCUGGUCCCACUGAAGUCAUUGGGGGCCAGAUCCUGAGCUGCUGUCCAGCGGUAUGACCCCAUUGACUUAAUUUGAUUGCAGUGAAGUCCAGGGAGCUAUACAGAUUUCCACCAGCUCAGGAGCUGGCCCUGCGAGUUUUGCUGUUGACUUCCAAUUGGCCCCUAUGCCUGACUUUGAUGAGAGAAUGAUUUAGCCCUGGCACCACUUAGGAGUUUUGCCACGAACUUCAGAGAGAGCAGGAUUUGGCCCUGGCUCCUCUGGAUUUACCCCAGCGUAACUGAGAUCAGGAUCUGGCCCAAUGGGCUUGUGCUGACGCAACUGGGAGGAACGUUUAGCCCCCAGUGUGUAACCUGGAACUCUUGUCCCAAUGGGAAACAAAUUCCUCCCAGGCUAGUAGGUGUAGCAGGUUGUCCCACCCUAGGAAAGUAGGCAGUGAGGUCCUCAACUGACCAAAGGCCUAGCCCUCGGGAGGUUCAAAUAACAAUUUCUGUAUAGGGAGAUCCAGGCAGACCGUUUUGGGCUAACAUUUUAUUCAUUUAUAAGACGAAAUUCACUGGGCCUGAUUCUUCUCUGACCCUGGUUUUACACCGCUGUAGCCCCACUGAAUGGAGUUACUCCUGAUCUACACCGGUGUGAGAGGAGACUCGAGAGCACUGACUUCAGCGGAGCUUGCACCAGGGAUGGAUUGGGUCUAAUGAGAAGAACUCGCCAGUUUCAUCCCUCGGACUGAGCUCUACCUGAGAGAGAUGGGAGCAGAAGUGUUUCUGUGCAUAAGAUUUCUCCGCGUUUCCCAGGAGACAUCAGCGGCUCUGUAAGCGGAAAUCCACUGGGAGGGGUGAUAAGAAGGAAGUCCCAGAGCAGCAGAGCUGUGCAGCAGGGCAUGGGGGGAGAAGGGGAGAAGGAAAUUACAUGACAUCAGCAUCGGGCUGUGUCGCUCCCCCUCCUGUUCGGUUUGUACGACACAAGAUAAGACCAGACAACAUUGAGUCCCUGGCAGAGUUUUAGACACAGGAUCACCACAUUCAUCUCUGGUGUAAACCAGUGGAACUCCCUUGGGAAUCAAUGUGUUUGGCCCUGGAGGGUCUUUCGUAGAACUAUUACAAUUCACCUCCGCACACAGAUUUUGCCCAGUGAGAAAGUCAGAGCUUGUGGAUAAGAGCUAAAUAGCUGGUGGGACUCUUGAUGAACAAAGGCGUUGGUCGUUCCUGGGGCAGUGCUCCCUCUGGUGGGGAGGGGGAAAGACCUACUCGAGCAUUUGUGUAGCAUAGAGGGGGGGGGGUCCCCAACUGUACCCUCAGAUCCAAACACUCCUGAACUCUGGCGAUGCUCAAAUCCAAGUCUGAAGUCUGGGUCAGUCCCAACUCUUAUAGAGAAUUUUACACACACCACCCAAGCCUCACUACAGCCCUGAGAGUUCAGUAAGUAGCACUGUGAUCAGGUGCCAGGCUUUAAGACCCUGCAUUUAAGAUGCACAGAGCUAUUUUGCUGACUCACCAUGGCAGCCAGAACAGGUGGGUCUCAUUAGAUACAGUUCAGGAGUAUAAAGAGCUCCAAGAAAACUAGAUGCAGGAGGGAAUCUGUAGGAACAGCUUGAGAGGGAGUCCAAGUUAUGAUUUAUUUAUAUUUGUAAGUACAAGUCCUGCCUCAGGAAUUGAGGGGCAAAUCCCAGGAGGGUGAGUCUGACCAGAACCAGUAGUGUGAGUGCUGGGAGGGGAUCGUCCCUGUUUAUACAGCCAUUAAUCCCAUUCCUCAAGGCACAAGAGUCAGAGCUGGGAACAGAACCUAGGAGCACCAGACAGCACCCCCUGUGCCCAGCAAUGGGCUCAGGGUAACCGAAGGAGUCCAACAUUGAGCACGUGUACAGAGGGCGGAGAAGAGAGAGGGGCAGGGACAGACACACGGAAGGAGACACAAUUUGGCAGAGUCUAGGUUUGACAGCUCUAAAUCCAGUUGGAGCCAGGUCCCCACGCAAAGGGCCAGGAGGGCUGGAGGAGCCCACAAGAUCAGCCUAGCCUUGGCAACUCUUCCUCCCAGUGGGCGUGUGUCAAGCGUGAUCCAUACAUGCACUGAAUAAAGGGAGGGAGCCAAUCACACAUGGCUACACCUGCCAUGGGGGCAUUCGGGGUGGGGGGGGGGAGGCUGCAUUUCCCAUUGACCCUACGCUGGAGUUAUUCUGUAUAUAGAUUGGUUUGGUUUGUUAUAAAUGAUUGGUAACUCCUGA